ACCAGCUUACUAAGCAGACCUACGCAUAGAUUUGAACAGUGUAACAAACGGUAACUCCGGUCAAAAAACAUGAAAUUGUUAACAGUAAUAAGCCUUGCAUUCUGCUUGUUUGCCUCUGUGGCAACGCAGGUCUACCAGUCCUACGUUCCCAACUCGCCUGAUCCAAAUAAUCCGGGUCAUUGCUUCCACAAGGAGCUGCAGCUCGCCAUCAAACUGGACGAGACCAUCACACCGAGCAAUGUAGACUUGUGCGCCGAAUUGACCUGCGAGGAGGGAGGACUAAUACGUCUCGGUCACUGUUCACGCGUGUUUCCUAUUUGCAAAGACUUCCUGUAUCACCCCCUAGAUUUUGCUAAACCCUUUCCGGACUGUUGUGAGCGUUACACGUGCAAUAAAUAGUCGUUGAUACCAUUUUGGUACAGUCUAUCAUUUAGUGAGUUUUAAAAAGAUGAUUUGUUUCAAUUCUAGGCCCCCUUCGGAAGCGGAAGUGUAGCCUAUCAUCUUGCUAUGUUUAGCAUAUUUUUUUCGCUAUUAUAACUACUGCUUAUACGAUAUUUCUACUCACAAAAUAGCAGUUAAUUGAUGCCAAAGCUGUGCAUUCCACCAGCUGUGAAAUAUUGGCUACUUGCGACUAAGUAGGCAAUUGAGAAAUAAAGUCUUCUCUCGAAGAACCAAAAACCAAA